AUGGAAGGAGAUCUUCUCGGUCUUGGUUUUGAGCAGUCAAAUGUAUCAAACACCUCACCACAAGAAGUUCAACAAUUCGAGUCUACGUUUCUGCAGCUGCAUCAUCUUUCAGGACACGUAGCUCCUCCAUCACAAUUUCAAACAUCUUCUGUGCAACAGUUACCAUUUGUGAAUGUGCACCAACCACCAGCACAAUUUCAAAACGUUGCGGUACAACAACAAGAAUCUUCGGUGCUGCAACAGUCCCUACAAGAAACGAAACCAGAUGAAACGACUGUUGUCUCAAAGAAAAGUGUAGAAGAUACCCAAAACCUGGCUAUUACAGAGCAGAAAACCGCAAACAUUUCUCCCACAACAAACGAAGUUUGGAAACCAUCACCACUGCAAGAUGGGCCAAGCGAUCCCAUAUUACGUGAAAUUAAAGAGAAGUUCAGUGGACGUUGGAAGCUGAUUCGCUCUGAUCCGUAUGAUGAGUAUCUGAAAGCUGCAGGUGUUGGAUUCUUUGCUAGAAAACUAGCAAUUUCAAGAGCUCCAGAACAAGAGAUAUCUAUCAAAGGAAAUAAAAUCCACAUUGAUUUUCGUUCGACCUUCCACAAUCAGAUUCAAGUGUUCGUUUUGGAAGAGUCAGUAGAAAAUGUAGUGGAAACAACCAGGCAGAGUAUAUUCUGCAGUUACAAGGAUGGUCAGCUGACUCUGCUGAUGACUCCUCUAGAGCCGGGACUCAAUAGAACACAGGAAGUUCAAAGAUAUAUCAGUGAACACGGAGAGCUUGUUGUGAUGUAUACCUGUGGGACUUCAACCUGUCGUCGCUACUUCGCCAGAAUUGCAGACACAGUUGCGCCUCUAAACAUCGUUGGCUGA